AGAGUGGACGAGCGACCGUGGGGCGGACGGUACUCGGAGGAGGGGUGCUACUUGCUGAACGUCUGUGUCAGCUCCAACAGUUUGCUAUCACCCGUGUAAGUGUGAAAUAUAUUUUUAGUUUCUUUUUUUCGGGCGGAUUUACCGUGAGUUUAUGCCUCUUUCUCUGUGUGAUAUGUGCUGUGUCUCUCUGUGCCGCGAAGAAAAACUGUUAAGAGUGUCGAUGUAGCGUUAGAUGUUUCAUAGAAGCGGCAGCUUUGUGCAAUGACACACUAACGGGACUGUCAACCCGAGUCCGUUAACACAGCACAGACUUAUAAAAUAGACCUGUGGGGCUGAUGUAGCAGGUCAUCUUCUCUGCAAUGAAGGAAAUCCACUACGUUGUUGUGAAUGUCGGCUGAAGGUAAUCCACAAGAGUGAGUCACGCUUGGCUGACAGUUGGGCUGAUGACCAGCAUGGCUACUGUUUCCUGAAUCAAAGAUGCAUGCUCCCCCUUUGGAUUCAUCCCUCUGACCACCACUGAGCCGAUCCAACCCUCCAUCAGACAGGCCCUUCUCUCCAUCCACUGUUCUCUACUGUACUUUACUGUUUUCUUCUCUCCUGUAGUCAUUCAGUCAUUGUCCUGGUCUGGCCCUCUGUAUGUGUUACAUAUAGAGAGGGAAGUGUUAGCAGACUGAUUAAUAGGGCAGUUCCUCCCUGCUAUUCAUGAGAGGUCAGCACGGACACAUGCAGCAGGGGGAUGACAGUCAAAGGGAGUCAGAGGGGGUGGGCCCCAUUUUAGGUCCUGGAGCGCGAAGAGAAACAGGGGGAUCACAAGGCCCAGGGUUGAAGAGGGCCCCAUUCCAGUCAGAGCACCCCUCCUUCAGUAAGAUGAGCCAAAACGCCAGGGAGGGCAUGGGGGUUCUUGGCCAGGGACUGAAACAGCUGUUCCAGCAGCAACGUAAACGCCUCUCUCGCUCCAACAUCCCCUCUUCGUCUUCCUCCUCCUCCUCCUCUGUAGUCUCAGCAGGUGGCUCCUCCCCCUCUGCCCCUGAGGAUGCCUUGGGGCCCUGCUGUCCUGAACCUGACCACCUUUCUGCUCCUGUGGUUCCCUCUGCAGCUGACCAGGGCUCAGGCGCUGUGGGCAUGAUGAGGCGUGGGACCAGCCUGCAGAGCCGGCGCAGUAAAGGAUCCGGGUGUGGGAGCGGAGACCGCGAUCCUCUCCUGAAAGGUAGCCCCCAGGCCCCGCACCGCCGCCACACCCACGAUCCACAGCAGCACAUCAGACGUCCACGCUCCUCUUCCCCUGGUGAAACCACACCCAGCAGCCCCACACCUGGAUGCACCGGGGGCGAAGUGGUGCUGUCAUCAGGGUACCACUCCACAGAGGAGACGGACAGGAUUGACCGGCUGGAGGUGAGCGGGCUGGGACAAACACCCUUGGCUGUUUCAUGCGGCGCAGACUGUUCAUUCCCUGGAGCUGAUGAUGGCACCCCAGACCCUCAGCGCACAAAGCAGGCAAUCGCCCAGCUGCAGCAGAAAAUCCUUAAACUCACGGAGCAAAUUAAGAUCGAGCAGACAGCCAGGGAUGACAACGUUGCAGAGUACCUCAAACUAGCCAACAAUGCUGACAAACAGCAAAGCACACGCAUCAAACAGGUUUUUGAGAAAAAGAACCAGAAGUCGGCGCAGACCAUCCAGCAGCUGCAAAGGAAACUGGAACACUACCACCGGAAGCUGCGGGAAGUGGAGCAUAACGGUAUCCCACGCCAGCCCAAGGAUGUUCUGCGGGACAUGCAGCAGGGCCUGAAGGAUGUCGGAGCUAAAGUCACAGGCUUCAGUGAAGGCGUGGUGGACAGCGUGAAGGGAGGCCUUUCUAGCUUCUCCCAGGCCACCCACACUGCUGCCGGGGCCGUCGUCUCCAAACCUCGUGAGAUUGCGUCGCUGAUUCGUAACAAAUUCGGCAGCGCUGACAACAUCCCCUCUCUUAAAGACUCUCUUGACGACCCCUCAGUGGAAGAAGGUGUGACUGGGGCUGGCGGACGUUCACUGGGCAGCGUUGGGCAUCACCUCCAGCCCAGUCCUAGGUAUGGUAGUGAGGAUGACUGCUCUAGUGCUACAUCAGGCUCAGCGGGGGCCAACAGCACCACAGGUGCCCCCGGAGGUCCCCCAAGUUCCAAGGGAAACACACUGGAGAGGAGUCAGAGCUCCAGUCUGGACAUGCUGCUGCAGGAGAUGCAGGAGCUGAGGGAAGGCCAGGCAAGGCUGGAGGAGAGCCUUGAUGGUUUGAAGAGCCACUAUCAGAGGGACUACACAGUUGUUAUGCAAGCACUGCAAGAGGAACGCUUCAGGUGUGAACGUCUGGAGGAGCAGCUGAACGACCUGACAGAGCUUCACCAGAAUGAGAUCCUUAACCUCAAACAGGAGCUGGCCAGCAUGGAAGAGAAGAUCGCCUACCAGUCCUAUGAGAGAGCCAGAGACAUACAGGAAGCAUUGGAGGCGUGUCAGACCAGGAUCUCUAAGAUGGAGCUCCAACAGCAGCAACAGCAGGUCGUCCAGUUGGAGGGGCUGGAAAAUGCCACCGCCCGGACCCUCCUGGGAAAACUUAUCAAUGUGCUGCUGGCCCUUAUGGCUGUCCUUCUGGUCUUUGUCUCAACUGUGGCCAACUGUGUGGUCCCGCUGAUGAAGACACGCUUGCGCACACUCUCCACCCUCCUCCUCAUCCUCUUGCUGGCCUUCUUGUGGAGAAACUGGGACGCUCUCUCGGGGUACACGCAGCGCGCUCUGCAGCCCCCAGGAUGACCAGAUUGAAGCCAGCACAUGUUGCUUUGGUGACACCAGGUGAUGUAACUUUAGCUGCAAUCAUGCAGGAAGUUUGAAGAAUGUGAUUGCCGUAAGAGUGGCUGUGUGGCCGGGCACGGGAAAUACGUCCGAGCACAUAUGCACGCGGAAUCAAGAAAAAGUGGAAGAAACUGAGUAAAAGUUGAGGAACACUCAUGAUUGUUAUUUAGCAAGGGCGAGACUGUUUACAUUUUUAAAAAUGAACUAUUGUGUUGCUGUCUCUCAGAAUGCAGCAUUGUACUGUUUUUAUCUUUAGAGUUUAAUCAAUUAUAAUGUUAUUAUUUCUAAUAAUAUUAUUAUUUUUUUCAACGUUAUUUUAUUCAGUACCAUGUAGCAUUACGCUCUUCUCACUCUACAGGACGGGGAGCUUAGUCUGGACACUGGGUUGGCGAUUUGCUCCAAAGGCCCAGUCCAAUUGUUGAGACAUGCCAAUGUGAUAAUGUGGGUGAUUGCCUUUAAGAAGAGAACUUUUACCUAGCUGUGAUUGGUAGAUUUGAACCAACAAAUACAUGUAUAACAUGUAUUUGAACAUGGAUCAAAACCUCCCUGGGAGUUUCUUGCUGUGAUAGAAUUUGUUCUUACAGAACAUUUUGAAGGACUGAUCACGACCUUUGAGUGUCAGAUGACUUAACAAGUUUUGUG